AGUUCAGAAGAAAAAAACAACCGGAAGCGCUGUAACUUAAAGCUUGAACUUCCGCUUCCUGUGAAGAACCCUGCCCCGCUCCAUCACAUCAUAAUGCCUAAAUCCAAGGAAAUGCUCUCCUCCACGUCUGGAAGUGACUCGGACAGUGAAGUGGAGACCAAGGCAAAGAGAAAGAAGCCCAGUGUGCAGGAGAAACCAGCCAAGAAGCCAAAGAGCGGAGAGAGUUCCAAGCCCGGAGGCUCGUCCAAGGCCAGCGGCAACAAUGACGACAACAUGUUCCAGAUUGGGAAGAUGAGAUAUGUGAGCGUCAGGGACUUCAAAGGCAAAGUGCUGAUCGACAUCAGAGAGUACUGGAUGAACCAAGAUGGGGAGAUGAAGCCGGGAAAGAAAGGCAUCUCCCUGAAUCCUGAACAGUGGAGCCAGCUGAAGGACCAGAUCUCAGAGAUCGAUGAUGCCAUCAAGAGAAUAUAACCAUUCCUCUGUGUUCUGUCGGCUUGUCACUUUUGUAAAGAGCCUGCGCUCGUUUUCAGAUAGACUUGUUUCUUUGUUAGUAGUUGUAAAGACCCUCCUCUGUGUGUGUGUGUGUGUGUGUGUGUGUGUGUGUGUGUGUGUGUGUGUGUGUGUGUGUGUGUGUGUGUGUGUGUGUGUGUGUGUGUGUGUGUGUGUGUGUGUGUGUGUGUGUGUGUGUGUGUGUGUGUGUGUGUGUGUGUGUGUGUGUGUGUGAGCUGUUGUGGUGAGGAGCAGGUGUUGGAUCAUUAAUGUUGCCGGUAGGGUAGGUCGAUUUAGUGAUGUUUUUGUAUCAAAUAAUAAAAAUGAGGCACUGACUUAAUAUAACUGUUGAGUUGAUGUGUAAGUUUAUGUUGAGUUUGUCAUGUGAGUAUAAAUCAUAAGGCUUUGCUUUGUGUGACCUGACCCUGCCUGUCAUACUGUACACAGAGGUUAUUGGAUUCAUGGGUUUGGUUUGAAAAUAAAAGCUUAUUACACAAA